UCUUCCUCUUUGACAUGUAUGUGCGUUCUGUUUAAAAGAAUGUCGUUCAACCGGGGCAUAGGCAGUGUAAAGUACAUGGAAAAAAGGACACCUAAAAACCCAAAGUAUCAGUAUGUGAAGACCAAGUUAGACACAGGAUGUAGCCUUACAAACUAUUUGGAUGACAUUAGAAGAAAUUACAAGUAUCGUAAAGAUGAAAUAUUCAAGCGGUUAGGAGUGUCAACAUUUGCACAAAUGAUACUUCAGGUGGCAUCGGUGUCCGAGCUGAAUGACAUUGAGGAUGACAUUGACUCGCACAGGCCUGAAGACUGUCUGUCGUUGGCGUCUGACGCAGACUCGGCUUGUCACUCCGAUCGCUCGUAUGCAGAACACACCGGGGAGAUGUGCCACUCUGCCAGGUCGACACUGCUGAGUGUUAUCAGUGGUGUGGGAGAGCUGAGCCGAGAGGAGAAGAUCUCAGAGCCGAAGCUGCCUGACGCACCCAAGCAGACCGACGGACCUUACCCUGACUGUCCCUACCUGCUGCUGGAUGUCCGGGACCGCGACCACUACGACCGCUGUCACAUCAUCAGCGCACACAGUUUUCCCAUUACCAUGCUGUCUCGAACCAUGGACUCGUACACCAAAGAAGUGCGGGAAUAUAGAAACGUAGCAGGGAGGAUCGUCAUUUUGUACGAUGACGAUGAGAGAAUAGCCAGCCAGGCAGCCACCAGCAUGUGUCAACGAGGGUUUGAAAAUCUGUUCAUAUUGUCUGGAGGUCUCAAAGUACUCUAUAAGAAAUUUCCCGAAGGAAUGACAACGGGCCCCGUCCCGACCUCAUGCCUGGCCUCACCCGCGUCCUUGAGGGCGAGAAAGAGUUCCGUGCCUCAGCAGCAGCAGCAGAUACAAGCAGCAGAGGAGAGGUGGAGGUUUACGUCAGACGAGCUGUCCAAGAUCCAGGAGGAGCUGGAGGAGAUGCUCAUCCCAAGUGAGUAUCUUCGAGAAUACAGUCGCUUGUCCAGCCGCAUGUCGACCAUCAGCACCCAGUCCAGAGCGUCCAGCGCUGGAAGUCGACUGAGUUCCUCUACAGCUGGGAGGGUUCAGAGCAGUAGACCCUGGAAAUAACCCCACCCACCAACAGAUGAACUUUAAACAUACUGUGUACCUAACAGUAAUGGAUCUCACUGACCAAACAAAUGGACUGCAAGCAUUAUUGUGAUUACUUGAUGUUGUUAUCAUCAGCCUUAACUGACUCUAACCAGCUGGACACGUGGUCUUGUUAGUAAGUUAAUGUGUGUGUGUGUGAAUGAAGUGUGUGAUUGUUUGUUGUAAAGUAGUUGUGAAUUAAUGAAUAUUAAAAUGAAUAGCACCUGGAUAACACGC